GUUUCCUUUACCUCUUUCUCUCUUCGAUACACAGACAAAAUUCUUCUUCUUCUUCCACCUCCAUUAUCAUCGCACUUCCCUCUCUGUUUCUACUUAAAGUUUCGAACUCUUAAUUAAUCAUCAAAUAACGCAAUAUGAAGUUAGAUGUAGAUGUAUUGAGAUACCUCUCUAAAGAUGAUUUUAGGGUUCUUACAUCUGUGGAGAUGGGUAUGAGAAACCAUGAAAUUGUACCAGUUGAGCUAAUUGGUCGUAUAGCUUGCCUCAAGCAUGGAGGAACUUACAAGGUGUUGAAGAAUUUGUUGAAGCAUAAGCUGGUUCAUCAUGAUUCUUCUAAAUAUGACGGGUUUCGGCUUACGUACCUUGGGUAUGAUUUCCUUGCAAUAAAGACUUUGGUUAACCGAGGAGUGUUUGCAUCAAUUGGGCGACAAAUAGGUGUUGGGAAGGAGUCAGAUAUAUACGAGGUGGCUACAGAAGAUGGUACAAUAUUGGCAAUGAAGCUGCAUAGGUUGGGUAGAGUCUCUUUCAGAGCUGUCAAAGCUAAGCGUGAUUAUUUACAGCACCGCAGUAGUUAUAACUGGCUUUACUUGUCACGACUUGCUGCACUCAAGGAGUUUGCUUUUAUGAAGGCCUUGGAGGAGAAUGGUUUUCCCGUGCCAAAUGCUGUGGAUUGUAAUAGACAUUGUGUGAUUAUGGGACUUGUCCAAGGUUAUUCACUUGUGCAGGUGAAAGAAAUUCAAAAUCCAGACAUUGUGUUUGAAACAAUUAUUGGUCUUGUUGUUCGUUUGGCUGAAGUUGGUCUUAUCCAUUGUGAUUUUAAUGAAUUCAACAUAAUGAUUGAUGAUGACGAGAAGGUUACCAUGAUCGAUUUUCCUCAAAUGGUGUCUGUUAAUCAUCGCAAUGCUGAAAUGUACUUUGAUCGUGAUGUUGAAUGCAUAUACAAGUUUUUCCGCAGGAGAUUCAACCUUGAUGAAGACGAAAACGAAAGGCCUACUUUUUCUUCUAUGAUAAAACCUGUUGAUUCCCUGGACAAACAACUUGCUGCCAGUGGGUUUACAAAGAAGGACAAUGAAGCUAUUGAAAAGUUUAUUGAAGGUGAAAUGAAUGAAGAAAUAAAUUCUGAUGAUGAAGGAUGCCUCCCCAAUGAUGAAAAUGAUGCUAACGUCAAUAAUAUGAAUUCUUUGCACUUGGAAGAUGAAGAGGACAAUGAGGAUACUCCUAUUGAACCUGGUACUGAAGAUCCCGAAUCGAAGGAGGAUGAGGACGACGAUGAGGAUACUUCUAGUGAAGCUGAUACUGAAGAUCCCGAACUGCUUAAGCGCUUAAACAAGCAAAGACGCCAUGCAAUAAAAGCAGCACAGGGAGGAACGAAGAAGGCUGUUUUCUCAAGAAAUUCAUACAAGGACAAGGGUCAUAAAAAAUCUCAAAGCUCCAAAGUUCUUAAGAAGCAAAUGGCCGACUGGUGAUGAUUAAAAUUCUGAAGAAACAUGAACAAUUGCUCAAGUUAUGGACUGAACGAUGGAUCUAAUAUUCAUUGUGGUUGUGGCAUGAACUAAUAUUCAUAUAUAUAGUGAACUAGGAUUUUAUGGACACCAGCCAGAACCGCUACAGCAGUGACCUAAUCUUGUUUGCCUCCUCACUACUGUGUACAACCCGACAUGCAUCUCGUGCUAAAAAUCUCAGUAUAUCGUUAUUUCUCUUGGGUUGAGUUGAAUUUUUCAAUUUUGAUACGGAGAAGAUUUUUUUGUACGUUAGGCUCAGAUAUACAUGAUUCUCUGGGAAACAGCUCAAGCUAAGAGCUUCUCCAAUGGUGAAUGUGGAUAUUUCAUAUGUGGCAUCAUUAUCCUGACAAUAAAUUCCUAAAUAGUAGGAAAACUAAAGUUCCA